AUGGAAGACAAUAGACAAGAAUCAGCUGAGUCACUCUUGGAAAAGUUCGUUGUCUAUCAUGAUCAACAAAACUAUCAAAAGGCAAAGAAGGUUUUGGAGGGAGCGUUGGCGAUACAAACGAAAGACUUCGGAGAAGAUUCUGUUGCUGUGGCCGCGACACUCUAUAACCUUGGAAUUGUUUUGAGGGACGAAGGAAAUUUAGGCCAAGCUAUAAAGAAACUCAACAGAGCACUUGUGAUACGCUUGAAAAAAUUGGGAGAAAAACAUGCUGAUACGGUGGAAACCUACAGGAGAAUUGGCUGGGUCCUUCAGGAACAAGACAAUGACGACCAAGCCGAGGAAAUGUUCCAGAAAGCACUGGAUGUUCAGCGCGAAGUUCUACCAAGUGAUCAUCCUGAAGUGACAGAAUUGUACCAAGGUCUAGCAACCUCAUUGAAAAAGCAAGGGAAGUUGUCAGAAGCGAUCAAGAUCCACAAACUUCAACUUGGGGCAUUGCUUCAGCAUGGGGAAGUUUCCCCCGGCGUUGUGCUUGCAUAUCAGGGCAUUGCAGAGCUACUUGCACUUCAAAAGAGGUUAGACGAUGCUCUUCAGAUGCUUGAUAGAGCCAUCGAAAUUUGCGAUCAACUGCGACAUUUGGGAGAACUGGGAGGGCGGCUCGACAUUAUUUUUUUGGGAAGAACGCUGCACAGUAAAGGAGAGAUACUAAAAGAACAACGCAACUUCGAAGCUGCCACGGAGGUGCUUAAGAGAUUACUCAUGCUGCAACUCGAAAGGGUAGGUGAAAUGAGCCCUGCAACAGCAGGGACCUAUGAAAGUCUUGCACAAGCAUACCUCGAACAAAACAUGAUAGAAGAUGCCAUCAAGGCGUCUGCGAAAGCCAUCAACAUUCGUCGAAGGGAGCUUGGCAUUGGCCAUCCCCACGUGAAAAAGCUUGCGGUCCGUCUUGAAUUGCUAGAACGCGAUAAAAACAUUAUUGCACUAAACGAGGAGGGAUUGGCAAGACACGCGGAAGGCGAUUCGAAAAAGGCAAUGCAGCUCUAUUACCAGGCAAUCUAUAUCUACAAGAAAACCUGUACUGACAGUCCCUCUAUAGGAGCAGUGUUCGAGAGUAUUUCGGCAAUCAAGGUUGAUCAGGGGUUGCUGGAGGAGGCCAUUGCCGCGAGUGCAGCAGCACUCAAGAUUCGUCGAAGAACGCAAGGCGACGAUCACCCUGAUACGAAGCGACGCAUGGAAGAGCAUAGAUCAUUGCUGAAACGACUCUUGGAGAAUCGCACUUAA